GGGAACGUGACGUCACAAGCGAUUCUUGCAUCAAAACAUCUGACUCUGAGUUGGCUGCCGGAACAGGAUUGAGACCAUUUGUUUCUGUUGUCAUUAAGUUAAAUUAAGUUACAACAAUGCCUACACCCCAAGAACCAACGGGGAGGACUUUUAAACAACGGAAAAGCUUCGCCACCAGGAAGGAGGAGGUGGAAGGCAUCCGACAGAAGUUCCCAACCAAAAUACCUGUGAUUGUGGAGAGGUACCACAAGGAGAACCAGCUGCCAGUGCUGGACAAGACCAAGUUCCUUGUACCACAGGAGCUCACCAUGUCACAGUUCGUCACCAUCAUCAGGAACAGGAUGUCGUUGAAUGCAAACCAAGCAUUUUAUCUGAUCAUAAAUAACAAAAGCAUUUCCAGCAUGUCAUCCACAAUGGCAGAGAUCUAUCGCGACGAGAAGGAUGAAGAUGGUUUCCUCUAUAUGACCUAUGCCUCGCAGGAGAUGUUUGGGGGACACUGAUAACAGGGAGAUAACUCUUGACUAGAAUCAUAAGUGCUGGCAAGUGUGAGGAACAAACAAGUUUCACAGUCCAAGGUCUUCAGUGAAAAUUAAACUUUAUAACUAUCAGCUGUAGACUCUCUGUGAUGGAAGUCUUUCUGAUGGUGAAACUGUUGUAACUGAUUCCUCCAUCUUUCAUAUUUGUUUUUGCGUGGUCAUGUAUCCGUGCUGUAGUUCUGUUCCUAUAUUGAUCUCAUCAUUCAAUGGCCAAUGUCGUCUUUUGUUCUGUCUGUUUUGUGAGAUGUUUUACAUGUAUGUACAUAGCAGGGCUCCAGAUAAGGGCCAUAUCGGCGUAUGUACGGAUAUAAAAUGUGCACGAUAUGGCAGGAAAUAAUUUAGAAAACGU